AUGCCUCAAUAUCUCUCUUCACAACCAAUUUUCCCUCUCUUUCUCCUAUGCCUCAUUCUAACUAUCCUGCACACUCACCUCGCCACGGCACAACCCACCACAGCCACCAUCUCGAGGCCGAACUGCCCGAGCCAAUGCGGGCAGGUGACCGUGCCCUACCCAUUUGGCAUCGGGCUCGGGUCGGGUUGUGCCCUGGACCGCGGGUUCGAAGUCGACUGCAACUCCUCGUUCGACCCGCCUAGGCCUUUCAUAUCCACGGGCAAUCUCCAGAUUGUUGACAUCGACAAUGAAACGGUUCGGAUCAUUAACUGGGUGGCUGCCACGUGUUACGGCCAGGCUGGCACCGUGACGCGUCAGAAUCGAGCCUCGAUCAACCUCUCGACUACUCCUUACGUGUUUUCCGACAGAAACAGGUUCACGGUCAUUGGCUGUGACGAGUUUGCACUCAUAUUUGGGCUCGACGGGCUUAAUUUUACGAGUGGCUGUGUUUCAUUGUGUUCAAACAGCCAUGACUUGAUUGAAGGUGAUUGUUCUGGCAUAGGAUGCUGCCAAACAGCCAUCCCAAGAGGGCUGAAGAGCUUCAAUGCAAACGUUCGAACGUUAAACAGUCACAUAAAUGUUUGGUCCUUCAACCCGUGUGGCUAUGCCUUUCUCGGUGACCCAAACCGAUACGAGUUCAACCCCACAGACCUAAACGACACGGGUUUCCAAAACAGGACAAUUGAGCGCGUGCCAGUAGUUCUCGAGUGGGCAAUCGGUGCUCGAAAUUGCAGUGAAGCUAUGAGUUCAAACGGUUAUGCUUGCCUCGAAAAUACUCGUUGUGUAGAUUCCGAGACGGGGCUCGGAGGAUACAGAUGCAGUUGCUUGGAAGGGUAUCAAGGGAAUCCAUAUCUUAGUCCUGGCUGCACCGAUAUAAACGAGUGUGCAAACAAUCCUUGUGCUGAUAAUGGGAUUUGCACGAAUACUCAAGGCGGGUAUAACUGUACUUGCAGCAGAGGAUUUUUCGGUGAUGGCACGAGAGAUGGCCGUGGUUGCAUUGCCGAAAACUCCCGAUUUCCGGUUACCAAGUUGGCAUUAGGCACAAGUUUCGGUUUUUUGGCCUUCGUAAUAGCCUCGACCGUACUUUACUUGAGCCUCAAGAAACGCAAACUCAUCAAGCUAAGAGAGAAAUUCUUCAAACAAAACGGCGGCCUAUUACUACAACAGCAGCUGAACUCGGACGAGCACACCACGAAAUCAACCAAAAUCUUCACCGCCGACGAGCUCGAGAAAGCCACAAAAAACUACUCGAACGAACGGGUCCUGGGUCGGGGCGGGUACGGAACCGUCUACAAAGGCAUCCUAACGGGCCAACAAAUCGUGGCCAUCAAGAAGUCUAGGGUCAUGGACAAGGCCCAAAUCGAGCAGUUCAUUAAUGAGGUCGUGAUCUUGACCCAAGUCAACCACCGUAAUGUCGUGAAGCUGCUCGGGUGCUGCCUUGAAACCGAGGUCCCGUUGUUGGUUUACGAGUACGUGUCUAACGGCACGCUUUUUGAUCAUAUAGAUAAAAGUGGGAACAUGCCGUGGUUCUCGUGGGACAAUCGGUUAAGAAUUGCGGCCGAGGCGGCUGGGGCUUUGGCCUAUCUCCACUCGUCGGCUGCUAAGCCCGUUAUACAUAGGGAUGUGAAGUCACCGAAUAUUUUGCUGGACGAGUACUACACAGCAAAGAUCUCGGAUUUCGGGGCCUCGAGGUUGGUCCCAAUCGAUCAAGCUCAGGUCUCAACUUUGGUGCAAGGAACCUUAGGCUACCUCGACCCGGAGUAUUUCCACACGAGCCAGCUCACCGAAAAGAGCGAUGUCUACAGCUUCGGUGUCGUCCUAGCCGAGCUCAUGACCGGAAGAAAGCCCCUCGACAGCACAAAAAACGACGACGAAAAAUGCCUUUCGACUUUUUUCGUAACCUCCCUAAAAGAGGAUCGACUGUUUCAGAUCGUGGACCCGAGGGUGCUGAGGGAAGGUAGCUUGGAGCAAAUCAAGGCUGCGGGUGACCUCGUGAGAAGCUGCCUGAGGCUGCAGGGAGACGAUAGGCCGACCAUGAAAGAGGUCGUGAUGAAGCUCGAAGGUUUGAGGAAGAUCAGUAAGCAUUCUUGGGCCGGGCCGGAUGUCGAUCAAGAAGAAGGACACGGGCUUAUGAACGAGCAUUCCGACUUGUACGCUGUCCAAAUGGAUUCGGGAUUUUAUCCUACCAACGGGCCUCGUUGA